AUGACAGAUACAACAGCACCAACCAAUAAUAUCGACUGGGGCCCAGGAGAAAACCAUAUUGCAUUACGUUGGCAAAACAAAACAUUCUACGUUCCAGAAUUAUUCCAUCGUUCACCAACUUAUAUAUAUCGAGAUUUUGAAGGGGAUUCUGGGAGGAAUUUUAUUUUGAUUACCAUUGAUGAUUGUUCAAAUGAAAGGAAUCUGAGUAUUGGCGUUAAGAUUAUUGAGAAUGAUUAUUUGGCGGCUGGAUUGAAAUUUGAUCAGAAUUAUGGAAGGAUUAUACGAGUUGAGGGAAGGAUUAUGAAUUAUCGACAGAGAGAGAUUCAUGCGGAUAGGGUUGAAGUAAUUGGUCGAAAGAGAGAUUUCCAUGUUGAAGUACAAUCUUGGAGAGAGAAGAUUGAAUAUAGGAAGAAAUUAGAGGAACCUUGGAUAUUUGAACCUAAUAAUGUUGUCACGAAUCAGAAUGUUCAUUUUACUUUUGAACCUGCAGAAUUGAAAAGAAGAGAGGCUAGAAGGGAACUAAUACUUAGCUCUCAGGAAGAGCAACCCGUAUCUGUGAUUGAGGAUAGUAUAAACCUAGCCAGGAAUUCCGGAGCGAUUGAACACCUGGAUGAUACCGGUGAUGAAACUGACGAUGAACCUAUUGUCGUACAAGUAAAUGAUAAAACAGUCAAAAUCAUCACUGAGUUCCAACUAACAUUCGCAAUCAUCAAAUGGAUAAUCCUGAAAGAAUUCAAACCUUUCAAGCUUGCACAACUUUUUCAUGAUCGUAACAUAUCUGAACUAUUAACAGAUUUAACAAGUUUGCAACUUGCGUCUAUUCACUUGCCAGUCAAAACCCAUCCACUAUCAUUUGAAGAGUCACGGACGGUGGUUUUCCAAAGGAUUAGACAUAAUUUACAAAAAAAUUACAAACUUAUCUCAACUUCCAAAUCACAAAACGUUAGACUGAGUAAUCUACAUUAUUUAUAUGAACAUAUAAAGAAAUGUUUGAAUAGACUCAAAAGCGCAAAAGAUCAGGUAUUCGACGUACAGUAUUAUUUAUCGGUAAUUAAACAAAAAGGUUUAGUAGGAGAGGAAUUAGGAUAUAAAUUAGUUAAUGGGAUUAUAGACUAUAUCAUAACGGAUGAUUUUCGGGAUCGGACAAAUUGGAAAUAUGAUCCCAGGUUAAUUCAAUGGAGUUGUAUAGGAUAA